GGACGCCACUUGCCUUCCUUCAUUCAGCUGCCCAGCCUGGGAGCCACGGUCCCCCUGUGCACACGACGUUUCUUUGACACGUCGCUUGGCCUGGUAGACCUUUAAGAAAGGUCGACAAGGGCAGAAAUACUCCUGGACAGGUUCUUUUGCUGCAGAUACCAUGUCGCCAUCUAUCGAUUCGAAGAAUGGCUUUGCAGACGAAACCGGAUCAACUGGAUCUCCUUCCCAGGACUCUCCUAGCAAUUUGGUGGAAGAAGUACGCACAACAGUCCGUCCUCCAAUUGACUAUUCGUCUUUUGGAGGCUUCAGACACAGUAUCUGGUCACGGUUUGCCAGUAUCUGGACCCGCAGAUUCGUCUUUUCGCUUUUGGCUGGUCAGGUAGUCUCGCUAUGCAUCACAUGCACCAAUGUCACGACGACGGAAUUGGUCAGUCGAAAUUGGACCUUGUCCACCACACAGACCUGGUUUUUGUAUUUCUCGUUAUUUGUUGUUUAUACACCAUAUACAAUGUAUCAAUAUGGAAUCAAGGGCUGGGCUAAGAUGGUUGCUAGAGAUGGGUGGAAAUAUUUCAUCUUGGCAUGUUGUGACGUAGAAGGAAACUUUCUCGUAGUCAAGGCAUACAACUAUACCGAUUUAUUGUCCUGUAUGCUCCUUGAUGCCUGGGCAAUACCUGUUUGUCUUUUCUUCUGUUGGGUCUACAUGCGUACAAAAUAUCAUUGGACACAAGUUCUCGGUGUGUUAGUGUGUGUUGGAGGUCUGGGAAUGCUGGUAUCGUCCGAUAUGCUCACAGAUAAGAAUUACCCCGCGCUAAACAGGGGAAAAGGCGACGCCUUUAUGAUUGUAGGAGCGACGCUCUAUGGAUUUACGAAUGCAACGGAGGAAUUCUUCGUCAGGAGAUCUCCGCUCUAUGAAGUUGUUGGACAGCUCGGGAUGUGGGGCACGUUGAUAAAUGGCAUUCAAGCAGCUGGACUCGAACAUAAUGCGAUGAAGACUGCAACGUGGAACGGUGCUACUAUUGGCCUCUUGGUUGCAUAUACCGCCGCCAUGUUCAUUCUAUACACAGUUGCUCCACUAUUAUACCGCAGCGCGUCCUCGGCAUUCUACAACAUCAGUCUACUCACGAGUGACUUCUAUGGUCUUCUUUUCGGAUUAUUCCUCUUCCAUUACUCGCCGUUCUGGCUUUACUUCCCCGCCUUCGUCGUGGUCGUGGUCGGACUUAUCAUUUACUUUUGGCACGCUACACCGGAGGAGCAAGGACAUUUGGACCCGAAGGUGCCUGCAUACAUAACGCGCAUGCGGGAAGAGCGGAUGAUGGCGUACGAAUAGACUGUGGGGGGACUGACAGUAAUAAUCUAACUGAAUACACCUACGGUCGGUGUAAAGUCGGUCUUAUUGGUGAGGUCGAAGUGAAUCACUUGGGGCUGUAGGUAUAACGUCGGUGCAGUGUAAUUGAUAGAGGAUCUUGGCGUUUUGAUUAUUGACGAUUGCAUAUAUAUACUGGGUAACUCGGGAAUGGUCAGGGAUGAGAAAGUAUCGAUAAGUUACUUAUGGAUGUGGUUCAGGCGGUACAGAUGGCGAAAAAAGGAAUGUAAGCAGAUAAAUAUAUAGGUUUACAAAGUUGAUGUACACCGAGAAGAUAUAAUAAAUUAUGUAAAGAGCGGGUGGGUAGUAGGUGUGCACACCUCAUGAAGAUAAAAAAGGACAAGAGCGAGUCGCAGGGGGAGAGAGUGGAGAUGUGUUACAUAUGUAGGAUGCUAUUGUCCGAUUCACGCAGUUGACUGAGGAGGAUCUUUUUUUUUCUCUUGCUGCUUCAGCUGUUCUCUUAUGAACUCUUGCUGCUGUUCACGCUGAAUACGAUGUUCUGCAAGUUUCUGUGGAGGCGAACGUUUAAGUCGCGGACCAGCACGGAAAAGACUGUUCACUUACGCUCUUCAAAGUUUGAACUGUAGAUAAUAUAGAAUCGAGAGUGGCUUCGGAAACUUCAGUCAUCUUGAGUG